UGAAGCGGAGUGGAGAAGUAGGUUACCCAGCCAAGCCAUCUAGUCGAUGGCAAUGGGGAAUUGGGGAUCCCUUGCCCAGGUGAGGUGAGGUGACUCUCAUCAGAUUCAUUCACCAAGGAAGGGGAAGGGGAUCGAUUCGAUUGACAGGACAAUGGUGGGCGUGCUCUCCAAUCGGGUGGAUCGGAUGGACAUCGCCGCCGGGGAUCACAUCUACUCUUGGAGAGCCGCCUACCUCUAUGCCCACCACGGGAUAUACAUCGGUGAUGCCAUGGUUAUUCAUUUUACAAGAGCAGCUGGACAUGAAAUUGGAACUGGGACGUUGUUGGACAGGUUCCUUUUCAGCUCAUCUCCAGCAACGGAGGGUCCUCCCUGCCAGAAAUGUGGUCACUUGAUUAAGCAGCAGGGAGUCAUAACAUCAUGCCUUGAUUGCUUCCUAGAUGGGGGCAAUCUGUACAUGUUCGACUAUGCGGUGUCCCCUGCUUUCUUCCUUGCAAAAGCACGUGGGGGAACAUGCACCCUGGCUGCCUCGGACCCUGCUGAUGUUGUGAUCCACCGUGCCCAGCACCUCCUGAAUAAUGGGUUUGGCAUGUAUAGUCUGUUCAAGAACAAUUGCGAGGACUUUGCUAUAUACUGCAAGACAGGGCUGCUUGUGGAGACUUCUUUCAGUGUUGGGCGCAGUGGGCAGCUGGCCUCCCUGACGGCUGCAUUCAGCGCAGUGGCCUCAUCGCCGCUCCGUUUCCUGACAACUAGUGCUGGUGGACUGGCGAUUGUGACAAGUGGCAUGUACUGUGUGGGGCGAUAUGUGUCGGAUAUUGGUGUUCGGCGCGAUGUCAUCAAAAUCCCUGUAGAAAGGCUAGUGGAGAACUGGCCGCGAGAUCCUGCUUCUGCUUCUCAACAACGUCAACAAGAAUGCCAUGUAGACGGAGACGGCGGCUGCGCUUCAGAGUCGCUGAGCUAGCGCUUAAUAACAGGAAAGCAGUGUGCUUCUGCUUGUUAUACUUGUAUUCUGACCAUAUGCAUGUUAUUGAUUGACCGGCCAUCGUUUCCAUUUUACUCUAUCUGCAUUCUGUACAUUGAAUGGGAUGCAAAAUGUAUUGAUCAAUUGUACAUCUGUUUUUAGUCAUUCCAGGAAAUCGAUUAAUGCAGCCAUUGUCAGAACACUCGGUUUCCAUUGAACUAAGAUGGGUUUUUUGCGUAAUUUCUGCAGUGUUUUCCAGUAA